GGCCCAGCUGUGGCACCAGGGUAACGAGCACUUCGGCAGGUCCUGGGGUCCAGGUGACGUGGUGGGCUGUAUGGUCGAUCUGAACGAACACACGAUGAUGUUCACCCAUAACGGAGAGGUGCUCCUGGACCACUCAGGGUCGGAACUGGCCUUCAAGGACUUUGAGGUUUGGGAAGGUUUCAUCCCGGUGUGCAGCCUGGGUGUUUGCCAGGUUGGGAGGAUGAACUUUGGUAAGGACGUGAGCACGCUGAAGUACUUCACCAUCUGUGGUCUGCAGGAAGGCUACGAGCCCUUCGCCGUCAACAUGAACAGAGACCUCACCAUGUGGCUCAGCAAGAGACUGUCUCAGUUCAUCCCUGUACCUCCGCAGCAUGAACACAUUGAGGUCACGAGGAUGGACGGCACCGUGGAGACUUUCCCGUGUCUCAAGGUCACCCAGAGGUCGUUCGGCUCCCAGAACAGUAACCCAGACAUCACCUUCUAUCGCCUCAGCAUGCCUAUAGAGUGUAACGAGGUGCUGGCCAAGUCACCUGGCGGGACGCUACAGUCUGGCGGGGGCUUCUCCUUCUCCUCUAAGAAAGACCUGGACGACUUUGAGACCGUGUCCGACUUCGAGGUGUUGACGAAGUCUGCCCACUGCACCCUGGGCUCCAGCCUGGACAAGGAGAAGGACCAGUUCAACAACCACAAGGACUACAACCAGGAGAAACCCUCCACGUUAAAGCAGAGGUUUGUAGAUUACAGUUAG